AUGUCAACAGAUCAAUAUGAGUACCUGUUCUUCCACAUCGACAAAGAAAAUGCGAUCGAGUCCUCCGCCAAAAAAUACAAACAGCUGCGCCUGCAGGCCCUAUCCGUCGCACCGACUUCUUUUUCCUCUACCUACGAGAUCGAAUCUUCCCUCACAGACACCGAAUGGGUAGACCGCCUUUCAGCGAACGGACGAGAGACUUUCAUAUGCGCCGCAAGACCUACACAAAACAAUGCACCAUGCUCGCAGACCACAGAGUGGGUCGGCCAGCUAACCUUGCGGGGCCCACUAAGCCCUGAAGACUUCAUCCUACCUGAGGAAUCCGGACAGAAGAAGCCCACCCAAGAACGGGGCAUGGAACUCUGGCAGAUGCUCAGCUUAUUUACGCUUCCCGACCACCGCGGCCGUCGUCUCGGGAAGAGGUUGUGUCAGGAGGCAUUGAGGUAUCUAGCUUCGUAUAGGGACUCUCCGCGCGAGCUCUGGGUGCGGUUGAUGGUAAAGCCAGAGAACCAUGCUACCGUAAGCUUGUAUAGGGGGCUGGGGUUUGCGGAAGCAGGAAAGUGUACUCUCGUUGAGGCGUUGGUUGCGAACGGUGAUCAGGAUCUGCUGCCGGAAAAUAUUAGUGGCGAGAAGUAUACUUCGCGGAGUGGAUUGAUCAUGAUGUUGGAGAUCUGUCGCUCGUGA